GACAUUUCCCUCCGUCCAGCCUGUGCGUCACUGUCUGUGCUGCAACCAGGAGACGUUCACAAUGAUGCAUUCAGCCGUGGGCAUCUGGAUCUUAUCAGCACUGAUCUGUGUGGGGAGAAGUGAUCACCAUUUUGGUAUGAAUCAUGGAGACCAACACACUGCAGUCGACAACAGCGCAGACAGCCUCUCACAAGUGACUGCCGCAAACAAAGAGUUUGCCUUCCGUCUGUACAAGAAGUUAGCAGCUCAUGCUGACUCCGCAGGCAAGAACAUCUUCUUCUCCCCAGCCAGUGUUUCUGUCGCCUUGGCUGCCUUGUCUGUAGGAGCACGAGGUGAGACCCACAGUCAGCUUUUCAGUGGUCUGGGUUUCAGCUCGCAGCUGACGCAGAGAGAUGUGGAUCAAGCCUUCCGCAUGCUUCUCGAAAGGGAGAACAGCAUAUCCCAGGAGGACAUCAGUGAGGGGACCGCUGUAUUUGUGGAUAACCGCUUCAAGCCAAAGUAUGACUUCCUGGACACCUUGAAGCAGUCCUACUCUGCAGACGGGUUCAAUGUCAGCUUCACCCAAACCAAACAAAGUGCUGAUACCAUCAAUAAGUACGUGUCGGAGAAGACCAACGGGAAGAUAGACAAGCUGGUCGAGGACCUGGAUGCAAGCACAAUCAUGUAUCUCGUCAGCUACAUCUACUACAAAGGAAAGUGGGCGACUCCAUUUGAGACUGACAACACGAAGGAGGAUAGCUUCACGGUGGACGAGAAUACAAAGGUUAAAGUUCAGAUGAUGAACAUGGAGAAGACAGUUGAUGCCUAUUACGACGCAGGGAUUAACACAUCUGUCCUCCAUCUCCCCUUCAACAACUCCUACUCCAUGCUGCUGAUGUUGCCUGACGACAUGGCGACACUGGAGAAUGCCAUUUGCCCAGGCCACAUCACCAAAUGGUUGAAGUGGAUGAAGUCUAACAUACAUGACGUGUAUAUCCCAAAGUUCUCCAUCAAGUCUUCCUACACCCUGAAUGAUGUGUUGACUGAAAUGGGAAUGACAGACAUGUUUGGUGAUCGUGCAGAUUUGAGUGGCAUUUCAGAGGGGCAAAAACUGGCUGUCUCAGAUGUUGUUCACCAAGCUACCCUGGAUGUUGAUGAGGCUGGAGCUACAGCCGCAGCCGCCACAGGCAUCGGCAUCACACUUCUGUCCUUCCGCCACGUCCCUGUCCUGAAGUUCAAUCGUCCAUUUAUGGCCGUCAUCAUUGAACGCAACUCAGAGAACAUCCUGUUUAUGGGCAAGAUUAUCAACCCAAACAUCUAAUGGCAUAAUCUCUCUUUAUUUUCUAAAGACACAUUACAUACAGAUACAUCA